ACGUAUUGAUCCAAUUUGAAACCAAAUGGCUCCCAAAAACCAGCCCACUUAUGAAGAUUUUGAACCUCUGGUUGAAGCUUCUGAAGAAGAUGGCUGCAGCAUUCUCUCCCUACACGUUCCUGGUUUUCGCAGAGAGCAAAUUCGGGUUCAGGUAUCCUCCACAAGAAAGCUGAGGAUCUCGGGCGAGCGGCCUUACCGGAACAAAACAUUGCAGCGUUUCCACAAGGAGUUUGAAAUCCCAUCAAACUGCACCACCUCUAAUAUUACAGCCAAGUACAAGGACGGCAUCCUUCAUGUCCGUCAGCCAUUGCAGCCACAGGACGUGUCGGAGCCGCCACGCACGGCAGCUCCCAACCCACCGCCACCGCCGCAGCAGCAGCAAAAUGGCCAGCAACAAGCUGAGGAACCAGAGAAGAAGAGCAGCCCAGCCGCCAAUGGAAAAGCGGAAGCCAAAAGCAAUACAGAAAGAGAAGGAAGUAGUUGUAAUGGUGACAAGAUUACCAGUCGAGCUGGGCGGCUGAAGGAGGUGGCUCCUGGCUUGUUGGGGAAGUUUAUUUUGCCUGUUUUGGCGGCUGUGUUGCUUUUCCUGUUGGCUAAGAGGCUGGAUCAGAACAUGGCUGGUGGAGCCGGAGAAUCUCGGCUGUGAAUCGUGUAAUAAUGGUGGCUGGUUUUGAAAAUUUCCACAAUAAAUAAUAAAUUGUUAAUCUUUACUAUAAU